AUGAAUGAAGUUAAUGAAAUUCAAAGAUUUAUUUUUAAUAGAAUCGUUAGAUUACAAGAAAAAAAAUUGAAACGAUUUUUUGAAUUAUUAUUCACAAAAGAAGAAAAGAUUGAAAAGGCUUUCGAAUAUUUUCAUGGAUUUUUAAAUCGAAAAAAUGAUUCUUUUGAUAAAAAAGAUCCGUAUAAAGUUUUAACAUUUAAUAACUUAAUUGAUACACUUAACCAACGAUUAGAAAUAGAUGGAGGUCUUUUGAUACACGUAGAUAUUCUUGUAAAAGUACAACAUUGUUUAUCUUGUUUCGAAAAUGUUCGUUUAGCAACUAAAAUGUUACUAUCUUCAUCACAAAAAGAUUGGUUAAAAACAUUAUUAAUCGCACAUAUUAUUGAAAAAUUUAAUUUAAUAUUUCCUAAAAAUCAUCAAAUAGAAAAUCUUCGAAAUCAAUUAAUGCAUAUCAAAGAGAACCUUUUACUUUUGUUUAACAAUAAGUUUGUAACAGAAUAUAUUGAUCAAAUAAGUCAAAAAAUCUAUCCGAAUAGUAACAAUUCAUUGGCUAAUUAUCAAAAAAUUACUCAAGUAAAAUUUCUUCGUAUUGUUGAUUUAAUGAUGAAGGUUAAUGUAACUAAAGAAUAUCUAAAUCAAUUAUCUGAUGCUUCAUUAUGUGUGGGAUACAGUUUUACAUGA